AUGGCAAAGCUAAUGAGCCGUAUUUGUGCAAAUCGGUUGGCAAUUAUUGGUAAGCGGCUACUUGUCUUGUGUAACAGCAGGCCAAGUUCGCGUACUGUUGCCCAAACUGCGAGGGAGCUCGGUGCUGCCCGUUCGUUUCACUCGGCUCUGCGCUACACAGGGUUCCAGAAGGAUAGCGCUCGCACAGAGUUCAGUGUAAGAAGCUUAAAACGCUAUCUCAGCACACUAGGUGAGGAGCACCGCAUCUUUUCGGAAAAAGUUUUCGAUGAGCUCCUCGAGAAACGGGGCCGUGAGGAAGCGCUUGCGUUUGCGCAACAGUAUAUAUCCGACGACAACCAGGCUAUGUCACUCUCAAGCGCCACCGCGCGGGUGGCCUACGCUCUAGUGAAGUAUUUUAAAAAGCCGCGAAGGAGCACUCAAGAUCUUAAGGAGCUGCGAGAGCUUCUGCGGUUACCAGCCGCAGCAGGCUUCCCACAUGCUCAAUACCUUCUAGGUUUAACAUAUCAGGAACAGGCAACAUUGCAAGCGCGGGAACAGAAUGCAGCAUUUAUUGGAGACUUGCGUGCACUCGCUUCAUCAGUAAUGCGUGACUCGAAUCUUACGGCGUUUCCCGACGCUCUGCGGAAUGAGUUGCAGAGGGCGCGUAUCACAAUCGGCACCGAGUCUCUGCCUUCAGCUGAAUCAGAAGACGCGGAAGGCCGGAGAAGCGUUGGAGAUAGUUUAGACGAUCUUUAUGACAAGUCUUUUCAUUAUGUUCAGUUGGCAGCGGGUUCGGGAGUUGCCGAAGCGAAAACUGCCCUCGCGGCUUUCUUCUUGGAAGGCAUCCACCCAGUAAGGGCUGAUCCAGCCAAAGCGCUGAAGUUAUUAGAGGAGGCAGCCGAUGAAGGCGACUUGAACGCAUAUGUACAGCUGGCGGCCUACUACAGAGAAACAAAACCGUCGAAUAUUGCAAAGGCCUUGGGAUGUCUCAAACAUGCUGCCAAUAUGGGGGACAUGCACGCUGAACAUGAGUUGGGUUGCAUAUAUAUCAUGGGAGAUCUCGGACAAGACAUCGACUAUGCAAAGGGUAUGGACCAACUCCAGAAAGCAGCUUCCAAAGGUCACCCAGAUGCACACUUUGUCCUCGCACGCAUCUUCUGCGGCACGCUCCUGCACGAAGUAUAUGACGGCCCUAUCGCUCUGAGUUUGAAACGAUUUCACCAUCAUAUUGCGAUCGCAGCUGAUCUCGAACAUGCAGGUGCAAUGCAGUUUCUCGCAGAGGCGAUAUAUGCGGGCAAAUUCGAGGUGGAGCGCGACUAUGAAAAGGCGUUGCGACUCUUCUUUGACGCAGCACAGAUCCACGCGGAGGAGCAGAACAUACAGUCCGCAGCUGACUGCCUUUACACCGCUGGGAUGAUGGUUUAUCAUGGUCUAGGAAUCCAGCGAAAUGCGAAACAUGCAUUUUUUGUUCUUCAAGCUGCACAUGAGCUUGGCAGCCUCCCUGCGACGCGUUUUUUGUCCAUUAUGUACAAGGAUGGGGAUGGUACUGCAAAGAAUGAGAAAAUGGCUCAGUAUUUGGGUGCUUUAGCCGACUCGAUCUUCUAG